AUGGUACAUUCUGACAUAGAAGACGAUGUUUGGGCUAAUAGCGACAGCGAAGAGCAAGUUGCUUAUGAAAGAAAUCUUGCUGAAAAGGAAUGGGAACGUUUGCAGGAAGAUCAUGGCAAUACUGGCUAUAAAGAAGGCAUUGUUGAAGGAAAAGAGGUCAAUAUGCAAAAAGGAUUUGAUAGAGGAUAUGCUGAAGGGCUUGUCAUUGGAAAAGCUGUAGGCAGAUUGCGUGGCAUGGUCAGUUGUCAAAUUAUCUACUAUAGACAAAUGCUCAAGAAUGAAGAGGCGGCCCAAGAAUUGGAUGCUUUGUUUGAUGAAAUUGACAAGAUUGAAGUGAACCAUGUGUACAGUGUCGACUACUUUCGCGAUGCUGCUACAUACAAGGAAGACUAUGUUGCACCCGAGGCUUUCGUCCAGCAAUUGGAGGAAAAGGUUAAUUCCACUUUGACUCGUGUAUCUGAAAAGUACCAUUGCUAA